UAAUAUUGGAGAAGAAUUACUACGCUCACUCUCUCGGGAUGACAUCAAAGAUCUCUUUCCUGGUCCAGAAAAUUUUCUCAGAAGAAGGGCACUGUGGCUUAGUGUGAAUAAUGAUGAAAAGGUGGAUUCUGUUGCCAGUUCUGCGAAGCCAUCAAAAUCUUCUGACAAUAAAGCUGAUGUCCCUCCAGAGGAGAAACCCAACACCUCUAAAUUUUUGUUGAUGACCAGUCCUGAGUACAUACUCUACACAGAUGGUGAACUUGAGCUGGCACGUUCAUCCUACUUCGACCAAAAGCGUAUUACCCACUUACUAAUCCUGGAAUUUGAGGCAAGAAGACGCUUCAUCACAUGUGGAGUUCUGAAGGAGUCGGGGAAAUCAACCAAAAUUCUUGAGGCCUAUCCAUGUUUCAAAGAAUUAGAUCAUGUUUUGGAUGAAAUGCAAAGGAUUGUCCAACCCAAAAACUCCAACUACAUCGCAGAGCUAAGAGAGAGAUGGGGAGAUUUCUUCUCGAGGGUGAAGUUUUAUGGAGUGAUGAAGAAGGCAAUGAAGCUUCCAAAGACACUCGACAGUGUGGACCAUGCCUUAGCAGUGUUUGCUGCUCUUCCAUCCCUGUUUCCAUCCGGUCUGCCUCCACCAAAGAAGCUGGGCUCAUGUGGCGAAGCCUUCUUCCACGUACUUAAUCCUGCAGAGGACCCCGAGGGAUACCUACAGCAGCGACCCCUGAUGUGUCCAGUACUGCUCAUUUCCAAGGAGAAUUGCAUGAUUGCAAUUGACAACACACCAGUGACCACCUUUCCCAAGCCCAAGCUGGAUGAAGGACUUCUCUACCUAAUGGCAUACUACUAUGCCAUGCACCUCACAUACCCCAAGUGUAUUUCCACUCUGCUCUCAGUGCUGCAAACCGAGAUUAUUCUGGACUCUAUCCAUGACCAAGAUGCCACCUCUUCAUACAAGAAAGCCCUUGCUGAGUGGAGGUCCUUCACUGAGUGAGUUUAUCUGUAACCAUUACUUUCUCAGAUUGUGUGGAGUGUUAAUUCAAGGUCCAGAAUUAUUGUUAAAGUUGCAACAUGUAUGCUAUAGGGCUGGACAAGUAAUCAAAAUUACAACCUUAAGUUGGUCUCAGUCAGUACUUUUGUAA